AUGGCAGCCUACGCAGCUCUAGUUUCGCUCAUGAACGAUUUGGAGCUGAUUCCCAACCAUCCCACUCAUUCCUUUUCUUUCGACACCAAACAGAUCACUACCCUUUCCCAAAUCGUCCACUCCUUGAUCGAUUUUAUGGAAACCUUCGAUUCUCAUGGAUACGCCACAGAAUCCGCUGAAAUUUUAGAGACCCGAAUCGCAUCCGCUGCUCACGCGGCUCACCACGUGAUCGAAUCCCACGUAGUUGAUCAACUCCUUACUGGAACCCCAUCACCUGAUUUCUCGCUCGAUCUGCAGAAAUCAAUUGAAGAUCUGCACUUUGUCGUCGAGAUAGUGGCGAAGCAGUUUAAUAAAUCCAAAAUUGGGUUUAAUUCUAACACAUAUUCGCCACAUACUUCAUCGGAAUUUAGGUCUUCAGGGAACAAUGUGAUGGUGGGAUUCGAUGCUGCCGUUGUUCGACUUAUGGAGAUGCUCACAUUCACCGGAGGAGAUUCCAGUCAGCGCGUCGUCCCAGUCGUGGGGAUGGGCGGAAUGGGUAAGGCUACUCUUGCUGGAAAUGUUUAUAACCAUUUACUUAUCCAGCAGCAUUUUGAUAUUCGCUGUUGGGCCACAAUAUCUCAAGAAUUUAGUGUAGACAAUGUUCUUACACAGCUACUUUUUGAGAAUCGAAAAACCGAUGGGGAUGCUGGUAGAUUAGGAGAAGAGUUGCAUAAAUUGCUAUGGGGUAGAAGGUAUUUAAUUGUGUUAGAUGAUAUGUGGAGUUUGGAAGCUUGGGAUGAUACACAUAUGUUUUUCCCGGAUAAUGGCAACGGGAGUUGUGUCGUUGUAACGACUCGGCUAGCAAACUUGGCAGCUCAUCUUAGCUCAUCCCCUCUCCAAAUGAACUUUCUGGAUGAGGAGAAAAGUUGGGAUUUGUUUCGUGGAAAGGCAUUCGGAGAAGAAGAUUGUCCUGUCGAGUUAGAGGAAAUUGGGAGGAAGAUAGUGAAAAGAUGCAGAGGACUUCCUCUGUCGAUAGUUGUGAUUGGUGGGCAUCUUAGAAGAUCAUCUAGGGCGGUCGAAUAUUGGGAGAAGGUUGCUGGUUUUAUAAACCCGAUUUCGAGUAUAGGGGAAGAUGAGCAGUGCUUGAACAUAAUUAGUUUGAGUUAUUACCACCUCCCUGCUUGUCUAAAGCCAUGUUUUUUGUACGUGGGGAUUUUCCAGGAAGAUGAAAGGAUUGAUGCCUCUAAACUUCUCAGAUAUUGGGUUUCUGAGGGGUUUAUUAAACCAAAUGGAUCCUCAAGUUUGGAGGAGGUGGCAGAGGAUUACUUGAAAGAUUUGAUUGACAGGAAUCUCAUUUUAGUUGUUGAAAGGAGGUGGAAUGGAAAAGCUCAAUUUUGCGUUAUCCAUGAUAUAGUGAGAGAGUUGUGUUUGAAGGUAGCCAAGAAAGAGGAAUUUAUGUGUGUGCUUGAUACCACACAAGGUGUAGGAAGGGAACAUCGCAUUGUGAUUCCAGAGGGGAAGAGUCUUGGUGCUCUGGAAUCACCCCCAUUGCUCCUCCGUUCUCUUAUACUCCGUCCCCGACGGCUAGGGCAGCUUGAAUUUGAUAGGUCUUCACUUUUCUCAAGAUUACUGAGGGUAUCAGCUUAUGCCACUCAUAUUUUCUUGGGUGGAGGAAGAUGUUUCCCUGCUGCUCAUUUUCAGCAAGUUAACUUACGCUGUCUUAUUUUUUACGUUACCUGUUGUUAUCCCGGCCCCUACCUGAUUCCCUCAUCAAUAUCCCAACUAUGGAAUUUACAAACACUAAUCAUACAUCACGAUGGUGUGUGUGUUACUGCACCAUAUGAGAUAUGGGAGAUGACACAGCUCAGGCAUCUCGAGCUCGAUGGAGUUUGUCUUGCUGACCCUGUUCUCAAGCAGCGAGAACGAGAAUGCAUUGUUUUGGAAAACCUACAAAGACUCGUGGGAGUGAAAAAUUUGAGAUUGACAAAAGAGGUUUGCGAAAGAAUUCCCAACAUAAAGGAAUUGGCUGUAGAUUACGAGCAUCCCAAAACAAGCUCGAAAUAUUGCCUUCACAAUCUCACCCUCUUCAGUAAACUCGAAUCGCUGAAGUUAUCCUUUGGUUCUGAAUCAGAGUGGCGCGAUGUCGUUCUAAGCUUGAGCUUCCCAAGCUCGCUUGAGGAGUUGUGUUUGCUGAAUUGUCAUCUUGAUUGGGAAGAACUGAACACGAGGAUCAAAUCCUUGUCCAAUCUUGGAUAUUUAGAACUGCAUUCUGUCAAAGGAUCUAAGUGGGAGCAGUGUGACCAGGAAUUCUCUAGCCUCAAAGUGUUGAUGAUGUCUGAUUGUGAUGAGUUGGUGUACUGGAAUGCAAACAGCUCUCAUUUCCCAAUACUCGAAGCUCUUCAUAUCUGCGGUGCAUCUAAACUGAGCCUAGUCCCUUCAGAUAUUGGAGAAAUACCAACACUUCAAGUCAUUCGAUUGGAAAGCUGCAGCGUGUCUGCUGCGAUUUCAACGGUGAGAAUAGUGAUGGAACAAGAGAGUCUCGGUAAUCAAGACCUUCAACCAUGUUUUGGUUUUGAUACACUGGAAGAAUUUGAUGAGUUCCACAAAAUGUUGAAAGAAGAGGGUCUACCAAGAAAUCGUUUUCGUCUGGUGCAACUUUUCUUUGAGAUUAAAGGUUCUGUGGUUUAA